UGAUGAAAAGGGCAAUGAAUUAUAUCUGGAUCAUCGCUUUUAUCAUUUUAUUCCUUGAUUAUUCUAGGGCACAGGAGAAACCAAAGAACGGUAUUGACGUUGCGAGUUGCUAUAAUAAAACAGAUUGCCUAACAAAGGGCAUAUCACCAAAUUCAGUCUGCAUUGGUAGAAUUUGUAGAUGCGACCAUGGCUAUUAUGGGGUGUUCGAGUCUACUGUUUGUGAAAAAAAGCACGUUAUUGGGACGUCUUGUUUUAAUGACAGUCACUGUGUAAACGGGACAUCAGAUUGGAAAUGUCUUGGAUAUCGCUGUCGUUGUGCGCAGGAAGGGGAGUACACGCCAGACGGAACAGAUGGUGUUUGCAGAAGAAGAAACCGAGUUGGCAUGACCUGUCUAAGUGAUCUGUUUUGUCAAGAAAACUUGCAACAAAGUAUUUGCAGCAAUGGAAUUUGUCGAUGUAAAUCCCCUUACUACGGCGAUUUGGGGGGAUCUAGCUGUGUCAUUGCUUCAGGAGUAGGAUCUGUCUGUUUAUCUAACGCUACAUGCAAUAGAUAUGCGACAGAAGACCUACUUGUAUGUAACAUACCUAGUGGCGCUUGGAUAGGAAUAUGUAACUGUGCCAAUGGCUACUUUGGUGCUCUUGGUUCUUCUACGUGUGAAAACAAAACUGUGAUUGGAACAUAUUGCGACAGCUCUAACCUAUGUAACACCUCAAUCCCAAACAGCCAGUGCACAAAUGGCCAGUGCACGUGUGCAGAUGGUUUCUACGGCGUGGAAGGCACAGCGUUAUGUAAUAUAUUACGAUAG